AUGUUACGGAGUUUCAAGUAUUAUAGCGGUUUUACGAUAGCCCGAAAAAAACACACCGGGAAAGUGAUAGCCAUAAGAAGAGAAGAUCAAUCAGUAUGGGAAAGGAGAGCCCCAUUCGCACCAGCCAAUGUGGCCGAAUUAACCAAGAACGGCGUCAAAGUAAUCGUCCAACCGGCAAAUAGAAGAGCUUAUCCCGUUCAAGCAUAUGUUAGCGCCGGAGCAGUGAUACAAGAAGACAUAUCCGAGGCGUCAGUGAUAUUCGGAGUGAAACAGGUCCCUAUUGAUUUGUUGCUACCGAAUAAAACCUACUGCAUGUUCUCGCACACAAUCAAAGCACAAGAAGCCAAUAUGCCCCUGCUGGAUGCCAUCUUAGAAAAAAAUAUACGGCUAAUAGAUUAUGAAAAGCUGAUGGAUUCUUCCGGAAAUAGAGUAGUGGCUUUUGGGAAGUACGCCGGGAUUGCAGGUAUCAUAAAUAUUUUACACGGUUUGGGAUUGCGAUUGCUAGCUCUUGGACACCAUACACCACUCAUGCACAUCGGGCCUGCCCACAAUUACAGGAAUUCGAUGAUGGCCAGACAAGCGCUAAGGGAUGCCGGGUACGAGAUCGCGUUAGGCAUGAUGCCUAAAUCGAUAGGCCCGAUUACGUUUGUCUUUACGGGGUCUGGAAACGUAUCGCAAGGUGCACAAGAAAUAUUCCAAGAGUUGCCACACGAGUACGUGCCACCGUCUAUGCUCCAAAAAGUUGCAGAACAUGGAGGCAGCACAAAGUUUUACGCGUGCGUUGUCACGCGUAAAGAUUAUUUGGAGAGAAUUGAUGGCGGCGGGUACAAUCAAGAAGAAUAUGAACAAUAUCCCUCCAAAUACAGAUCAACGUUCAACAAAAAGAUCGCUCCGUAUGCUUCGGUCAUUAUGAACUGCAUAUACUGGGCUCCAGAUUGUUCCAAGCUAUUGACGGUGCCGGAUGCCAAGUCGCUGCUGACUCCUUCUCAGCUACCGUGGAUACCGAUAUCCGAAGGCGCACCUGGACUUCCACACAGGCUACUGGGCAUCUGUGAUAUAUCUGCAGAUCCGGGCGGUUCUAUAGAGUUCAUGAACGAGUGCACAACCAUUGACAAUCCGUUUUGCCUGUAUGACGCACAUUUACACAAAGACACCAAAAGUUUUAGAGGAUCGGGAGUGUUGGUAUGCUCGAUAGAUAAUAUGCCGACGCAGCUGCCAAUGGAAUCCACAGACUUAUUUGGAAACUUAGUACUUCCAUACGCCAUGAAUAUACUUCAAUCGGACGCCACUAAACCACUGGAAGAUCAUGCUUUUUCGCCGGCGGUUCUAGGAGCUAUCAUCGCCAGCAACGGAUUGCUGACCGAACGGUUUGAAUACAUCAAAGAGUUGAGACUAGCCAAUAAAUUUGCUUCCUUUAAGUCCUCCAACGUUGAUCACACCGGCAAAAGAGUAUUGGUGCUCGGUUCAGGCCAUGUGUGUGGACCGUUAAUCGAAUAUCUCUUAAAAGACGAAUCGUUAAUAAUCGUGCUCGGUUCUGUGGACGUCAGUGGAUCCAACAGCUUAGCAAACAAAUUCAAUAGAGUUCAGCCAAUUCAAAUAAAUAUUUUAGAGGACUUGAGUUACUUAAAAGAGCUUGUGGAACAGUCGGAUUUGGUUGUGUCGCUCCUCCCUAGUCAAUUUCACCACUUGGUGGCUGAACAGUGUAUAGAAUUGAAAACAAACAUGGUCACGGCUUCGUAUUGUUCGGAUAAAAUGUCACAGCUGCACGAUAGAGCGGUCGAAGCCGGUAUAACCAUUGUCAACGAAGUUGGCUUGGACCCGGGCAUCGACCAUCUGUUGGCCAUGGAAUGCAUCGAUCAAAUACACGAAGAGGGUGGUAAAAUCGACUCAUUUGUAUCAUAUUGCGGAGGUUUGCCGGCUCCCGAAUACUCCAACAAUCCACUGAGAUAUAAGUUCUCGUGGUUUCCUCGUGGGGCGCUUGUGAACACCGUAGCUGAAGCCAAAUACCUACGAGAUCACGAGAUAAUCGAUAUCCCUGCCGGAGGUGCUCUAAUGAAGAACACGACAGAACUGGAUUUCUUACCAGGAUUUUCGUUUGAGGGUUUCCCAAACCGAGACAGCACCCGAUACGCCAAACUUUACGGCAUAGCAGCGGAAGUACAGACCAUGCUCAGGGGUACGAUACGGUACAAAGGUUUUUCUGAGAUGAUGAUGAUACUACAAAAGCUACGGCUUAUCGAGUCUAAAGACCACGCAGCCCUCCAUCCAAAUGGACCAGACAUCACGUGGUGUCAGUUGAUUUGCACGCUAUUGGAUAUCAAUGACAUCGACAUGUUCUACGAAAAUAUGUUGUCAAAAGUAGCCGAUAAGAUCGGUACAUCAGUCCUGGACAAAGUCAUGGAUCUUGGACUGUUAACAGAGGAACCAGUCCUAAAACUCGGCUCGCCGUUGGACACAUUUUCACAGUUUAUCGCUUCAAAAUUGUCUUUAAAUAAAAACGAAAGGGACCUGGUGGUGUUGUACCACGACAUCGGAGUUCUGUAUCCCGGCAAUCGGUAUGAAAAGAAAUUAGUAACACUUGUGUCUUACGGCGAAACCAAUGGAUACACAGCAAUGGCGAAGACAGUUGGAAUACCGACAGCAAUAGCAGCUACUAUGGUCCUCCAAGGAGAAAUACAAGCCAAGGGCAUGGUGUUGCCGUUUACCCCGGAUAUUUACAGGCCCAUGUUGACAAGAUUAAAGCUCGAGGGAAUAUCUGCGCAAACCACGAACGUCCGGUCAUGAUUUUAUUGUAUUUUUCAUCGGAAAUAAAACUUUUUAUUAUAUUUGUCCCAAAACGUCAUUAUGAUGUGAUACUUGUUAUGUAAAUUUGUAUUGCGUAGCUUGUUCAUGCAUACAAUAUAUAAUCAACAUUAAUUAUUA